GAGAUUAACGUCAGAGUCCCAACUAUUCUGAAAUCUGAAGUUGUACUAAAACCAAAAAUUGUGUAACAUUCUUUCGGAACAACACGAAACGAAUCUUCAAACUUCGCCAUCUUCUUUUGGCAAACGGCGCAAGAAACCAGCAAUUCAGUCACCUUCAAUCACAUGUGACAAACACAGAAACAAACACACGGCCUUCAAACUUCUCUUUCUCUCUCCUACCCAAAUUUACAGUUGUCUGAGUGCUGUCAGUCGGAGGGCUUCCGUUAAUGACUGAAUUGGAAGACUCAGAGGACACCACCAAUUGGGUUUUUUCACUAUUCAAAUCUACGCCUGGGUUUCUUAAAUUUUCCCCAAUUUGAGCUCGUCGAUUUAGGGUUCAUUCAAUUUCAAAUUUGCUGGGUUUUUUUCCUGGGAUUUUGUCAAUUGGUUGGAUUUUGGUCGGAAUUCAGUUUACAACAUGGGAUUUCAAUUUUGGAGGUAAUGCAGCAAAGUUGGUGUUUGAUGAUUUUGUUUAUUGGUGAGAUUUUUAUACUGUUAUUUCUUGAAAAGGGGGCAAUUUAACUUAUUUUUUGUGAUUUCCCCCUUUUUUAUUUGAUUCAAUUCAUUGUUCUGUUUUUGUCUUACCUAAAACUUAUAAUUAGGUAGAGAAUUGUUCUUGGAAGUAGUUGAGAGGAAGUAGGAUUUAUACUGCAGAGUAUUAUUGGGAAAAAAUUGAUUCUUGUAGAAUUCAGAGGUUUGAUUUUUUGGUGGGUGGAGUUGAUUUGGAGCUCUUGAUUUAGCUGUGUGAAUUAUGUCUGGUGGGAGUGGAACUCCUGUUGGAGCUAAUUUCAUGAGGCAGAGGCAUAGCUGGGGUUAUGCCUCCGGCGGGGAUGAUCUCGAAGAUGAUGCAUGUUCGAAACCAAUGCCUUCAACGCCUUCGAUUCCUAGAGCUAAGACAUGGAUUGAGAUCAUGGAGAAUGUUCUUUGGAUCGGUUCAGCAGUAUUUAUCAUAUAUUUUGGUGAUUGGCAUUCAAAUCUUGUGUAUGUCCUGUGGCACGAUGAUCGGAUUAGGAGGAUACCCUUAUACCUAGGGUUUGGAGGUGUUCUUUUGAGUGCUGCUUAUUUCUUUUUUACGAGCAUGUCAACAUCGAGUUUUAGAAAAUCGAAUGAGAACUGGGACAUACUUGGUGCAUCUGCGUUGCCAUUGGUUACUCUGCUGGGCGUAACUUCUUUUUGCCUAUUCACGUGGGCUUUGUGGCCGAUUUGGAGCUUCUUAACCUUACCUCUUGUGUUCACACUCUUCAUGGCCUGCAUGGUUAUAUCGCCUUAUUUGAUUAGUGGGACAGUAAAGUCACAACCUGAAGUGCUCCGCCUGGAUUGAUGGUUGAUCUGUUGUGAGAAUUUCAGGCGAAUGGCAACUUGAAAACCUAAUCUCUCUAUGAUGCAAUCCUUCCCAUGUUGGUGCUAACCACUAUAUUGGCUCUGUUCUGAUCUUAACAUGUUGUUCGUGUUGUGUUUUCUUUACUUAGCAGGCCAAUUGAAUGAAGGGAUUAGUUUUAAAUAGGCCUACAUUGUGUUUGCCAGAUCUCACAAUGAAAAGGGUGUUUUUUGUUAUUUUGUCUAUGAUCUAGCACAGCACCUUCUGUAAAGAAUUAUCAAAUAUAGUGUGUCUUAUGAGUUUCUCUCCAUGUUUUCGGGAGAUUAUUUA